UCUUCAAAUUAAUUUUCAGGUUGUAUGUGUGAAUAUGGGCUGAAUAUAGUUUUUUAACCUUGAGAUGAUUUUGGUAUAAAACCGUGGUACAGCCACAAAUUUUGAUCAGUUUGGAUAAGUGAGAAACAAAAUGUUCUUGAGAACAAUUUAUGUGUUAGCUAUCGUAAUAGCAGUUGCUGUUGCACGUCCGGGAGGAGGUGGAUAUAAUGGUGGUGGCGGCGGCGGUAAUUCGGGAUAUGGCGGAGGAUAUGGAGGAGCAAGUGCUCAAGCGUCAGCAAGUGCAAGUGCAGGUUCAUUCGGCGGUGGUAAUCAAGGCGGCUUUGGAGGAAGUGGAGGAGAUCACGGAGGAUUUGGAGGUGGUGGACUUGGAAAUGGAGGACAUGGAGCUGCUUUAGGAGAUGCAGGACAUGGUGGUGGUCAUGGAUCCAGUGGACAUGGAUCUGGUGGACAUGGAUCUGGCGGUCUGCAAGGAUUCGGCGGUGGCGGCGGCGGUGGUGGAGGAGGAGGUGGUGGUGGUGGACAUGGCUACGGAGAUAGUGGAUUUGGAGGAGGCGGACCUAGUGGAGGAUACGGUGGAUCUGGACAUGGCGGUCAAGGUGGACAUGGUGGCCAUGGUGGAGGUAGUGGACUCAAUGGUUAUGGAGGAGGCGGACAUGAUGCUGGUCACGGAGGUGGUCAUGGAGGCGGUUUGAAUGGCUACGGAGGAUAUGGUGGAGCUGCAUCAUCUGGUGCAGCAAGUGCUGGAGGCUACGGCGGCGGUUCUCACAAAGGAGGAUAUGGUCGUUAAUAAUGAAAAUGUUCUCCAACUAACUAAUUUGUAGACUUGUGUACGUAUUGGUGUUAUUGUAGAUGACGACAUAACGAUUGAAAGAUUGAUGUGUCUACAAAAACAGUGUGAUAUAGAAAUUCGUAUACUUUGUAUAAUUUGUUGUCCAAUAAAAUAUGCAUAAGAUAGUCUCAA